UUGUGCAGUAGAGAAAAUGGAGACUGGAAGAGUUUUGGUUGCAAGCGUGUUGGUUAUAUAUGCGCUAGUGAUCAGUGUGGGAGGUGAAGAAGAUGCUUCAUCACCUUCGGUUUCGGCUUGUGAGUUUCCAGCAAUCUAUAACUUUGGAGACUCGAAUUCAGAUACCGGUGGUAUAUCUGCUGCAUUCUACGCCAUGCCGUCACCCUACGGCGACACUUUCUUCAACAGACCAGCUGGGAGGGGCAGUGAUGGUCGUCUAAUAAUAGAUUUCAUAGCCGAGAAGCUGGGGUUGCCAUACCUGAGUUCAUAUUUGGACUCAAUUCGAAGCAAUUUUCGACACGGUGCUAAUUUUGCUUCUGGAGGAGCAACCAUCAGGCGGCAGAAUGAGUCAUGGUUUGACAAUGGUGUGAGUCCUUUUCCUCUUGACAUUCAGUUUGUGCAGUAUGAUCAGUUCAAGGGGCGUACCACCACUUUUUACAACCAAGCUAAGGAACUUUUCGACACACAAGAUCUCCCUAGACCUGAGGACUUCUCAAAGGCUCUUUACACUUUUGAUAUAGGCCAAAACGAUCUAGCUGCUGGUUUUCGGAAAAUGAGUACUGAGAAACUUCUAGCAGAAAUUCCGGACAUUGUUAACCAGUUGGCUGCAGCAAUCCGAAGUUUGUACGACCGAGGGGCAAGGGCAUUCUGGAUACACAACACUGGUCCAAUAGGUUGCUUGGGAGUGACAUUACACUACAUCCAUGAUCCGAGCCCUACCGGAUACCUUGAUCGCCACGGUUGCGUGAAGUUUCAAAACGACAUGGCAAGACAGUUCAAUAGGCUGCUCAAACAGAAAGUGAUCCAACUAAGGAAGGAACUCCCUUUUUCUGCAAUAACAUAUGUCAAUGUCUUUGCUGCAAAGUAUAAGCUCAUCAGCAAUGCAAAGAAGCUUGGGUUUUUCGAUAAAACGAAGAUCUGCUGUGGAUACCAUGAAGAUUAUGACCAUGUGUGGUGUGGGAAUAAGGGAAAGAUAAAUGGGAAUGAAAUAUAUGCAGGUUCGUGUGAAGAUCCUUCCUUGUAUAUAAGCUGGGAUGGUGUGCACUACACUGAGGCUGCAAAUCAUUGGAUUGCUAAUCAAAUUGCCAGUGGUUCAUUCUCAGAUCCACCUGUUUCAAUCACAAAUGCAUGUCAUAGUCCUUAAAACUUUGUGAUUAGUAACUUGCCAAUCUUAUAGUUAAC